UUAGAAUAAACAAAAACAGGGAACAUGUGAAGCGAUAUCAUUUUGAACCUUUAGUGAUUUUGGUACAUUAGAGUUUCUUGUUAAAAAGACCAGUUGAUCAGAGAGAUAUAAGAUUUAAGAACUUAUAUUUGUUUGUGAUGAGAUUCUAUGGACAUAAUGGCAGGUAAUUGCCGGAUGCAACCGCCGCGGAAUAUGGAGUUUGAAUCUGAGGAUUUAAAACAGAAAGCAGAAAACGAAUUUCUUAUCAAAAUAGGAGCAAAGGAGGAGGAGUUUGACUGGCACCCAGAUAUCCUAUAUAGAAGACCGGAACGCCCCAGGUCCAGUAUAAGUCUGGAUUAUCCCCUAGAUCUCAAAUUAGGUAGACCGAAAACUGCAGGUACCAUUCAAAACAGAAACCCUUGGGCAUGUAACAACCAGGCGCUGAGACAGAUGACACUGGUGUCUCGCCAUGGUCCACGCCAAAGAUUUUUAAACAAAGCACAGUUUUCCUCUGCGCACGUAACCUACGUCCCUAUCCGGAUUUAAUGACGAUGUUUUUAGAAAAUGUUAAGCUAGUCUCAUUUCUACAUUUUUUCAAAUACAUUGGCGUGCACAAUGCGAAAAAAAAAGACACGUGUUUCUCCUGAAAUCUUUGAGAAUUAAGUUAUUGUAUAACUUCUAAAAGCCAGGGUAUUUGUUUGCGACCCAUGCAGGAUUCAAGUCUGAUUCUACACGUUAUAAGAAGUGAGUUAAUUCCAUUGCAUCAUCUUGUGUCCACAAAUUUUCCUGAUGAAUGUACCACAUAUUAAACAAAUAAUUCCUGUGAUUUGAAAUUUCAAAGGUAGCAGUCCCAUGUUUUUAAUUGUUUGUUUGUUUGUUUGUUUUUUUUUUUUGCGAUGCCAUUGAAUUAAACGCUCUGAAAGGAAAACAAAUAUUUACAAGCUUUGUAAAUUCACCGAUACAAUAUAUAAAUGUGUCGCAAAGAUUUAACUUCAAAAAUGUCCAUU